GUGCUUAAUUAAUUAUUAUCAUUAUAUAUUUUAUUAUUAUUUUUCUCGCGUGGUCUCGUUCGUUCUCUUCCGUGUCCGUGGUGAUAGCCGAAGCUUCGAUCACUGGUAAAGGUUGAUUAAAAUAUAUAUUUAUUUGAUAAACUGGUAUUGAGGACACUGCAAAUGCCGUCAGCAACCUCACCUCAGUGGCAAGAGAAGGCUAAUGAUUUCUUUCAAACCUCAGGGAUAAAGCUUAAGCAAGCUGGACACAGUGCUGGCAGUUUUGUUGGGGACGUUGCGAAGGAUGCUAAAGUAAAUGUUGCUGAUGUGGCAGAGAAAGUCGGAUCAGCAGUGAAAAGUCGAUGGGAUAUCCUCCAAAAGCCAUCUACCAGACAUGCUAUGCAGGAGCGCCUUAUAUCUGCUGCCGCUACUACAAGCAUGUUUUUGAGGAAGGGACUUACGGAGACAAAAGACAAAGUUUCUGUUGGGAAGACAAAAGUUGAAGAGGUGGCCAAGAUGACUGCACAAAAGAGCAAGACACUGCUGACCGACAUUGAAAGAUGGCAAAAGGGAGUUGCAAGUACUGAUGUGUUUGGUGUUCCGAUUGAGGUCACUGUCCAGCGCCAGCAGUCUAACGCACUGGUGCCUAACAUACUAAUCAAAUGUUCUGAUUGUCUUAUAUUAUCUGGUUUGAAUUCGCCGUACCUGUUCAAGGCUCAAGGAGACAAAAAGGUUCUACGACAGUUGGUAUCUUUGUAUAAUCAGGAUCCGAAUGCAUCAAUUCCCGAUGGUGUAAAUUCAGUAGAUGUUGCUGCUCUGAUCAAAUGCUACAUUGCUAGCCUCCCGGAGCCAUUGACUACCUUUGAGCUGUAUAGUGAAAUAAAAAAUGCUCGAUCAAGCAUAAAUGAAAUGGCAAAUAUUCUCAAGAAGCUUCCGACGGUUAACUAUAUGACGCUGGAAUUGGUUACAUCCCUACUGCUUCAUGUUAGCCAGAAAUCUGUUCUUAACAAGAUGGACGCCCGAAAUCUCUCGGUGGAAAUGGCUUCCAUCAUCAUGUGGCCAAGAGGCGAGAGACCCGAGCAUUAUAAGCAAUGUUGGAAUGAUGAGUCGAAACCUGAUACCGGGGCGAACUUAAAUUCAGACUCCAACUACACUGUGCAGGACAUUCUUGCAGAUGAUGGUGAAAGCCUUGAUGUAUCAUCCUCAAUUCCCCUCGAUGACGGGCAGCCGGUAGACCUCUGUGCUAUCGAAGUUCUUCAGUGCUUGAUCGAGCAUCACAACGCCAUUUUCACCGAUGCAAAUGAAACUAUUUGGAGGUGAUCUCAUCCCAAAAAUAUAAUGCUGCACAGAUUCUUCACACCAUGUCCAAAAUAAUCACCAGAAUUUUCGACAGGGAAAAAAAAAGCCUUCCCGGUAAUUGCUCUUUCCCAGACAUCGCUAUUUUGGUUGUACAAAGUAUUAUAUUUUGGUUAUAGGUUUAAGAACUGGUCCUCAAACGAGGCCAGUCGAUCAGUCGAUCCGUAUAACGUUCUAUUCGGUGUACAAAAAGCUCCACACAGAUUUCUACAUUGUUCUUGUUUGUUCUAA